AAGAGAAAGAACGAUCUCAUGCCACCCUUUCACCACUAAACGCUCCUCCGGGAAGUCGUCCCUGACCUCCCUGGGAGCCCAAACCCACGCGCAUCGCGCUGCAAGUCCCAGGUCCGGCGCUCCCGGGGCCCGGGCGCCGUGUCAGGUCUCAGCCGCUAAGCCCCGCCCCCUGCCCCUUGGCGCCUGCGCUCUGGGGAUCGAUCCGGGGCGUUGCUCACCCGGGACCGGAAGUCUUCACUCUUCUUCGUCCUCGGGGUCGAGCGAAGUUCCGGCCCUUGCGACCCACCAUUUAUACCAGCCUUUAAUAAGACUUGAUACUAAAGACACAAUUAAAUCGGUUUGUCUUUGGCCUAAAGUCAGUCCACGUUCUGUCUGGACUUAACCCCAUCCAACAUAAUGGUACAGUCCCAUAUAAGCCCCGCCCCUACCACCACCGGCGUCUUCCGUUCUGUCGUCAUCACGUGGCUCCCAGGUACGCCCACGCCGGGUCCACGCCUUCCCAGCGCGCCGCUCGGCCUCCGCCGUUGCUAAGAGGCCUUGGAUACCUGGCGGCGGGAUGCUGGGCGGCGUCAGGUGAAGAUGGUGGUCACCGGGCCUCAGGUAACCAUGGAGAAGGAGCUUCGGAGCACCAUUCUUUUCAAUGCAUACAAAAAGGAACUAUUUACCACCAACAAUGGCUAUAAAUCGAUGCAGAAGAGACUUCGAAGCAAUUGGAAGAUUCAGAGCUUAAAAGAUGAAAUCACAUCUGAGAAGUUAAUUGGUGUGAAACUGUGGAUUACAGCUGGGCCAAGGGAAAAAUUUACUGCAGCUGAGUUUGAGGUCCUGAAGAAAUACCUUGACGGCGGUGGAGACAUCCUUGUGAUGCUAGGAGAGGGUGGGGAAUCCAGAUUUGACACCAAUAUUAACUUUCUCCUUGAAGAGUAUGGAAUCAUGGUUAAUAAUGAUGCUGUGGUUAGAAAUGUAUAUUAUAAGUAUUUCCAUCCUAAAGAAGCUCUAGUUUCCAAUGGAGUCUUGAAUAGGGAGAUUAGCCGAGCUGCAGGGAAGGCUGUGCCUGGAAUCAUUGAUGAGGAGAGCAGUGGAAACAAUGCCCAGGCUCUCACCUUUGUAUAUCCUUUUGGUGCCACAUUGAGUGUCAUGAAACCAGCAGUUGCUGUUCUGUCCACGGGUUCUGUCUGUUUUCCACUGAACAGACCCAUUCUGGCUUUCUAUCACUCCAAGAACCAAGGUGGGAAGCUGGCGGUGCUUGGCUCAUGUCACAUGUUUAGUGACCAAUAUUUGGAUAAAGAAGAAAAUAGCAAAAUCAUGGAUGUUGUUUUCCAAUGGCUUACAACAGAAGACAUUCAUCUAAACCAGAUUGAUGCUGAGGAUCCAGAGAUUUCCGACUACAUGAUGCUGCCUGACACAGCCACCCUGUCAGAGAUGCUUCGAGUGUGUCUCCAAGAGGGUGAUGAGAACCCACGGGACUUCACCACCCUCUUUGACCUGUCCAUUUACCAGCUGGAUGUCAGCUCCCUCUCCAAGGUCAUCAAGGCUUAUGAACAGCUCAACGUGAAACAUGAACCUCUCCAGCUCAUCCAACCUCAGUUUGAGACACCGCUGCCUGCCCUUCAGCCAGCGGUUUUCCCUCCCAGUUUCAGGGAAUUGCCACCUCCUCCACUGGAGCUGUUUGACCUGGAUGAGACAUUCUCCUCGGAGAAGGCACGGCUUGCUCAGAUUACCAAUAAGUGUACUGAAGAAGACCUGGAAUUCUAUGUCAGGAAAUGUGGUGACAUUCUUGGAGUAACCAAUAAACUACCAAAGGACCAACAAGAUGCCAAACAUAUCCUUGAGCACAUCUUCUUCCAAGUGGUGGAGUUCAAGAAAUUGAACCAGGAACAUGACAUUGAUACAAAUGAAACUGCAUUCCAGGACCAUUUCUGAGGACCGUGCCUCUUGGAGCAUUUUCUGCCUCCUUAUUUGUAAACUGUUUUUCAAUUGUUCCUCAGUCCUUUAUCAAAAUUGUCCAUCUACUCUUCUAUGAACUGUGGAAGAGUUGUAUAUCUUCUGUAGUGCCAGAUAGGUAUAACAUUUCUAACUUAGAAAACCCUUAUGUAAGAUACGUUCCAUUUCUAAAAUCAAAUGAUUAAAUCUGUACUUUUAUAAUUUAUGAAA